AUGCCUUCCCCCUCCGUCAACCCGGAACAUGGCGAGGUCAGCACAGACGAAAUCCUCGCCCCCUACGCUGCCAUGCCAACGAGAGCCACGGGCGCCGAGGGCUUCGCCUCCUUCCUGCGCACCCAUGGCGAGGUGGACGCGCUCUGCGAAAAGUACGGCGUACCAAAGGAUCAGUACACCGCGCACCCCGCCGGCGACCUGCGCGCGAACUCGACGCCGCCACCGGGGGCCAUCUGCGUGUACGCGGGCGCACUGGAGGCCGGCAUGCGCGUCCCGCUGCAGGGCUUCUUCCGCGAGGUCCUCGCCCACUUCGGCAUCUCGCCUGCCCAGCUCACGCCCAACGGGUGGCGCGUCAUGGAGGGCUUCCUGGUGCUCUGCGACUCCGCCGACGUGCCUCCGUCGCUCGCGGUGUUCCGGCGCUUCUUCCACCUGUCCGUCUACGACCGAAGGCACAAGAAAGGAUGGUACUUCUUCGUGUCCAGGGGGGGCAGCUCCAGCUUGCGCUUCACGGGGAUGCCCAACCGGAAUUCCAAAUCCAUCGUGGGCUGGAAACACGACUUCUUCUUCCUCUCGACGCCGGCGCCGUGGCAUUGCGCGGUGGAUUGGGGCGAGCCGCCCAAGCGCUCCUUCGGAAACCCGGCGCUCACCGUUGAGGAAAACGAAUCGGCGGUGAAGCUGCUAGGUGCUCACGGUGGCGCCGCUGUUGAUCUCAGGAACCUGCUCCCUGCUACGUGCCCAUGGCAGCGCCGCUAUCCCUGCAAAACCAACCUUGCUGUCGCCGCAUCCCCGCCGCCGCCGCCUUCUUCAAGUCGUACUACUUCCCGUUCUAAAGGCAUGCAUCCCUCUGUUCAUGAUAUGUUGAAGAUUAUGCCGGCGGAGAAGGCGGCCGCGUCGGCGUCGGCGAAGAAGAGGACUUGGGAGGAAGCCAACGGCGGGGAGGAGGUUCCGCCUCUUUCAGUUCUGUCCUGUGUGCACUCGCCACCGCCACAGCACUUCCCCAGCAGACACAACGGACACACCACAGACCGGGAGGCUGCACGGGAGCUGCUGCAGGGCGCCACCGAGCCGCCGCUGGAGCGCGUGUUCGCGGCGAACGAGCCAUCAGAUACCAUGGGAAAUCGGGCUGCCGACGACGCAGCGAUUCGUCAGGAUGCGAACUACGCGCUCGAGCUGGAGAAGAAGCUGGUGGCCAGGGAGCGCGAGGCCGCGGCGCUGCGGAAGCAGUUGGAGGAGGCGAAGAACGAGCUCGCCUCGGCAAAGAGAGCGGCGGACGCGGAGCGGGAGAAGGCUAAGUCCGAGCUCGCCGCGGCGGGAACAGAGCUGGAGACGACCAAAGCCGAGCUCGCCGCGGCCAAGCGAACGGCGGAGGCGGAGCGGGUGCAGACGAAGGCCGAGCUCGCCGCGUCUCUGGCGGAUGUGGUGAAGACGAAGGGCGAGCUCGCCGUGACAAAGCAAGCGGUAGCCGAGGCAGUGAAGACGAAGGCCGAACUCGCCGCCGCGAAGCGAGCCACCGAGACGGAGGUGGCGAAGGCGAACGCCGAACUCGCCGCGGCGAACCGGGCCGUGGAGGCGGAGCUGGUGAAGGCGAAGGCCAAGCUGGCCACGGCGGAGAAGGAGCUGGACAGCGCCAAGGCGGCGGCCGCGGUGCGGGAGCUUCUGGCCUCCGAGGAGAAGGUGCGGCGGCGCGCGGAGCUCGCGCUGGAGGGGUACGAGCGCUGGCGAGGCCGUCACGCUCCGGCUGGCCGUGCCGCUUGA